AUGUCUCUGUUUUUACUUAAAUUAAUUCUCAUAUUAAAGCAUCUUUCUACAAUCCUCCCAACAUAUAAACAACUUAUUGAAAGUUGUGAGGCUUAUUCAAAGGCUCAAACUACUCUCGCUUCAUGUGCUAUUGGUAUUGCUAAUCAAUUAAAAGGAAUGUCAGUAACUAUGGAUGGAUGUACAUUAAUUAAUACAGCACUUCAAAGUGUGGCUGGAAUGUUAGAAACACAAGCUAACACAUUAACUCAAUCUAAUAAAAUUUUUGUUGAUAACACUAUUAGAAUAUAUCGUGGAGAAGUUUGUGAAAUGCCAAAGAAAAUUAAAGACACAAAGGAAACUGUUAAAAAUGAUAGAAAGAAAAAUGAAGAUGCAAAAGAAAAAGCUACAAAACGAGCUAAAAAUUUAAAAAAAGGUGAUAAUUUAAAAACAUUGAUGGAAAAUAUUAAUGAAGCUGAAAAAACUGUUCAAAAAGGAAUUGUUAAAGGACUCACUGAAACAACAAAUUUAAUGUGUGAGAUGUAUUGCCAAUUAAUUACUGGUAUGUUCGUUUUUCUGGAAGAUGAACAAAAUUCUUCUUCUUUGAAUGCUAUGUUCUUAGAAAAAAAUACUCCUAAAAUUAAAAAGUUAUCUAAGACUCAAAACGUAUGGCCAAGAAGAGUUAAAGACUUAAUUAUGAAUAAAAAACAAAUUCUUAUCAAUACAAAAUGGAUGUCAGAUGAUUUAAAACAAAUUUUAAAGGACGCUGGUGUUAAAAGACGUGAUUUAGCUGAUCCUGAUACUGUACAAAUGUUGUUUGGAAUUAUCACUGCUCAAGUUGAAGCAGGAAAUAUUCCCCCAGAAAUUUUAGGUGAACUACAAUGUAAAGACAAUACCCCUGAAAUUCAUGAAAUUUCUUUGAGCACAUCAGAUCUUGUUGCUCCUCCAUUACCACCAUCUUCAAGAGGUCUUGGUACUCGUCCUGCUCAAUCAGCACCUCAAAGACCAUCUGGAAGUGCCCCAAGACCUACUCCUCCAAGAAGAAAAGAGUCUGGUGUUGGUGCCCCACCACCCCCUCCUCCUAGAGGUGGUGUAUCACCUCGUGGUGCUCCACCACCCCCACCACAUCUUGCAAUGGAAACUCAAAGCGAUCUUCCACCCCCACCACCUCCUCCUAGAGGAAGUCAUGGAGUUCCUGCUGCUCCAGCCGCACCAGCUGCCCCUUCGUUGUUAGACCAAAUUCAAAAAGGUACACAAUUGAAAAAGGUUGAUACUAAUGCUCCAAGACCAUCAAUGGCUAAUCUCAAUAAAACACAGAAAGUUGAUUUAACUAGUUUACUUGCAAGUGCUAUGCAAAAAAGACGAGAAGAUAUUGCUGAUGAUGACGGUGAUGAUGACUUUGAGGAUGACAGUGAUGAAUGGGAUGACUAA